AUGUUGAAUCUUGUGAACAUUGAGAAACUCGAUGGUUACAAUUUCAACACAUGGAAGCACCACAUUGAGAUGAACUUGGGAAUGCUGGAGUUCAGUAUGGCUUUCAAAACUCCACAACCUUCUGCACUCACUGAUUCAAGCAUUGCAUCUGAAAGGGAAAUUUUUACAAAGUGGGAAAGGGCUAAUCAGAUGUCACUUCUCAUCAUGCAAAAUGCUAUGGAAGAACACAUCAGAGGUGGUAUACUAGCAUGUGAUUUGGCUAAGGACUACUUGGCUAGAAUCGAGGAAAAGUUUAAGACAUCUGAUAAGGCUAAGAUUGGAGCUUAUCUCUCAACACUCAUCAAUUCCAAGCACGAAGGUAUCAGUUGUGUUCGAGAGCACUUGCUUAAGUUGGUCAACAUUUCCAACAAACUGAAUGCAUUAGAAGUGGGGAUCACAUAUCAGUUUUUGGUCCAUAUGGCUCUUUAUUCCCUGUCAGGGGAUUAG